AAGUAUUUCUCAAAAAUCAGCUGCAAAAAAUUCUUCUCGAAUAUGAAACUUUUACGUGUCUCAAUUGUGAUUUUUUUAAUGAAAGUUCUGAUCUCAAAUGCUCGUUCUACACUUCGUGUCGAAAUUAAUGAAGCUUCACAAUUUAUUAAUUUGCCGAAAAUUCAAAAAAUUACACGCGAGUAUUUCGAGAAUGACUUGGCAGUUCAGAACUUGCUCGACUACCUCCAAAGUGAAGAGUUUACAUCAGCUUGGAAUGUUUUCAUGACAUCUUCAGAAGUUGAAGAUAUUCUGCAAUGGAUUAAGUAUCAUGGUGUCAACACUGACAAAGAAAUCGAACUUCUGUCACAUGAGAUUGAAAAGAUUAAACCGAUUAAUAGUCAAAACGAAUCAAUUCAAACUUUCUCCAUCAAAUCAUUCAGUGACGAAUUGAAAUCUCUCAUAAAUUUCAAGUCACUAAAUGCCACUAUUGAUGAGCUUCUUAAAGAUGAAAACGAUUUUGCUCAUCUUUAUUUGAUUCUCACUGUUAGUCGACGAUCGUUAGAGAAUCUUUUUCAAAGAGAAGAAAUUUUGCGAUCAAUUGAAAGUCUUAAGCGACUUGGUGUCGAUAUGGAAGCUUUAAAAGCAGAACUUUAUGAAAUUUUACGAUGGGAAUAA